AUGGCAAGAGAAUGGUCCUUUUACAGGAACUUUCUGCCAAUAGUGGUGCUUAUAGGCACUGAAUGCAAUGACAUGGGUUUACUCACACUGUUCAAAGCAGCCACACUGCAAGGAAUGAACAACCAUGUCUUUGUGGCCUAUGCUUAUGCUGUUGCAACCACUAUUCUCCUUCCUGUCACUUUUUUCCACAGAAGAUCAAGAGUGGUUCCUCCACUCAGUUGGUCCAUAAUAUCCAAAAUAGUUCUUCUUGGGGUGAUAGGAAGUUCAUCUCAGAUCCUGGGUUAUGCAGGAAUCAGCUAUAGUUCUCCAACACUAGCUUCAUCAAUUAGCAAUCUGGUACCUGCUUUCACCUUCAUCCUUGCCGUGAUUUGCAGGAUGGAAAAGUUAGCUGCUAAAUGUAGAAGUAGUCAAGCCAAGAUAGUGGGAAGCAUAAUAUCAAUAGCAGGUGCAUUUGUAUUGACUUUCUACAAAGGACCAUCAAUCAUCAAUGCUCACACACAUCUUUCCUUAUUACCUCAACAACCAAUUAAGUUUCUUAAAUCAGAGGAUGCAAGCUGGGCCAGUGGUGGCAUUCUUCUGAUAGCUGAUUACAUUCUGACUUCGGUAUGGUACAUUUUAGAGGAGGAUAUUUUGAGAGUGUUCCCGGAUGAACUUACUCUAGUCUUCUUUUACAGUGUGACUGCCACCAUAUUCAGUACAACUGUAGGUUUAUUUGAAGUGCCAAAUGCUAGUGCUUGGAAAAUAGGACUGAAUAUUUCACUGAUCUCCAUUGUUAGCUCAGGAAUAUUUGGAAAGUUAAUGAGCAAUGUAGUUUAUGCCUGGGCACUGAAUUUAAAGGGGUCUGUCUUUGUAACAUCCUUCAAGCCAUUCCAAAUUAUUAUGUCAGUUGCAUUGGGUGUUAUGUUCCUUGAUGAUACUCUGUACAUUGGAAGUGUAGUUGGAGCCAUAAUAGUAUCAGUUGGCCUUUAUGUUGUAUUGUGGGGCAAGGCAACAGAAGAAAUAGAGGAAGAUGUUGGUAACCUGGAAUCACCAACUACUGAGAAUGUCCCUCUCUUACCAAGCCACAGAACUGAAACAUCAGAAAAUAAAGUUUGCAAGACAAAUACAAACUCUUCCCACUUUUAA